AUGGCUGAAACAGAAUAUUUUCCUUCAGCUGAACCUGUCAAAGGAUACGACUAUUAUCAUCGUCGAAAGUCUGCUACAUCGAAAUGCACUCAAACUGGAAUCUAUCCGGAUGUCCUUGAUUGUUCAUUAUUUCACUAUUGUCAUCAGGGUAAACAACAUGAAGUAUUUCAAUGUCCAGAUGAACUUCAUUUCGAUCCGAAAUUAUUCAUGUGUUCACCAAAACAAUUAGUCAAUUGCCAAUAUGAACCACCCAUGGAUAUGGAUAAUACUCCGAUGAUUAAAUCAAAUACCAUCUGCCGUGACUAUGUUUCUGGUACUUAUUUACCUGUUGCAAAUAAACUUGAUGAAUUCGUAGUAUGUGAAGAUGAUGGGACGAGUAUAGUGAAAAAAUGCCAACCAGGUUUGCGCUACAAUGCAUUGACAACAAAGUGCGACAAACAGCCAUGUGAAAUAGAUUCAAAUUUGUGUCACAAUCAUGGUCAAUGUGUCAAUGAACUGACUAGUACGAAGGGCUUUCGUUGUAUAUGUUCCCCUUCGUAUCAAGGCGAACACUGUGACAAACCUGUGCAGGUAACAAACACACCAGACACAUCGACACAAUACUUAUUCAGAUUUACCAAUCGAAUCACAAAUUAUCAAAAAUCUUUACCGACGACGACGAAAUCUCCGCCAAUAGUCUCAAGUGAUUUACCACAAGAUAGCGAAGAAUUACCAACAAUUGAAUCACCAUUAUCGCGUAUCUUUCGUCGUUUGAACAGUAAUUUAGAUCAACAACAACGCGUCAACGAACUAACUCAAGUGAUAUUUAUCAUUAUAUUCGCUCUUAUUGGUCUCAUUCUUCUUGCUUCGAUGGUUUUCGGCGUUAUUGUCUGUAUACGUAUGCUGCUCUCUUCACCUGUCGAAAAUGUUGGCACUUGGAAAGUCUUGCCUGAUGAAUGGAAAGUUUAG